CUUUUUUGCUGUACCUUUUACAAGGAUUAUUUUUGUUGUAGGAUGCUAUGGAGAAAGCAAUUAAGAAUAAAGUUGCCAAGGCAGUUGUGCCCGCAAUAGAUGUCAUGUUUCAAGCUUUGAGUGAAUUUGGGUCCAAGAUUGUGCCGCCGAAAAGAAUUUUAAAGAUGCUUCCUGAACUUUUUGAUCACCCCGAUCAGAAUGUUCGGGGUUCUUCCAAAGGUCUGACACUUGAGCUUUGUCGCUGGAUUGGGAAAGAUCCAGUAAAAUCAAUAUUGUUUGAAAAAAUGCGGGAUACAAUGAAAAAAGAGUUGGAGGCUGAACUGGUGAAUGUCACGGGUACUGCCAGGCCAUCUCGCAAAAUAAGAUCUGAGCAAGACAAGGAACCAGAACAGGAAGCUGAAUCUGUGGCUGUGGUCUCUGGCCCUUCUGAAGAAUCUGCUGCUGAUGUUCCUCAGGAAAUAGAUGAAUACGAACUUGUUGAUCCUGUUGAUGUAUUAACUCCUUUGGAAAAGUCAGGGUUUUGGGAUGGAGUGAAAGCUGCCAAGUGGUCCGAACGAAAAGAGGCUGUUGCAGAGCUGAGUAAGCUCGCUUCGACCAAAAGGAUAGCUCCUGGUGAUUUUACAGAAAUUUGUCGGACACUUAAGAAGCUUAUCACAGAUGUAAAUAUUGCUGUUGCAGUCGAAUCCAUCCAAGCGAUUGGCAAUCUUGCUAGAGGCCUAAGAACCCAUUUUUCUGGGAAUUCACGCUUCUUGUUGCCUAUGUUACUGGAAAAAUUGAAAGAGAAAAAACCCACUCUGACAGAAGCACUCACUCAGACACUCCAAGCAAUGCACAAGUCUGGGUGUUUAAAUCUAGCGGACAUUGUUGAAGAUGUUAAGGCUGCGACCAAAAAUAAAGUUCCGCUUGUCCGCUCAUUGACUUUAAACUGGGUCACAUUCUGUAUUGAGACGAGCAACAAGGCUAUUGUUCUUAAAGUGCAUAAGGAUUAUGUUGCGAUUUGCAUGGAGUGCCUCAAUGAUGGGACACCUGAAGUAAGGGAUGCUUCAUUUUCAGCUUUGGCUGCAGUAGCUAAGUUGGUUGGUAUGAGGCCUUUGGAGAAGUUAUUGGAGAAACUGGAUGAAGUUAGGAGAAAAAAGCUUUCAGAAAUGAUUGGGGGUUCUGGAGGUGGUCCACCAGCUGGGGCAAGCUCAGUCACAGUCCAGUCUUCGGGUGGAAACAUGCAGGGCUCGGAGCCUUCGGAUGGAUCUUUGGGUAGGAGGUCUGCAGCAAGCAUGCUUAGUGGGAAGAAACCCGUUCAGGCGGCUCCUGCUAGCAAGAAAGGAGGGUCCACGAAGUCAGGUGUCAACAAGAAAGGAGAUGGAGCGGGACCGCUAAAAAGUUUGAAAUCUGUCGAACCUGAAGAUGUUGAGCCAGCUGAUAUGAGUCUGGAAGAGAUCGAAACCAGAUUAGGUUCUCUUAUACAAGCAGACACAGUUUCCCAGUUGAGGAGUGCUGUAUGGAAAGAGCGGCUUGAAGCAAUUGUUUCAUUUAAAGAACAGGUGGAAUCGGUACAAAACCUAGACCAGACAGUGGAGAUUUUGAUCCGUUUACUCUGUGCUCUUCCUGGCUGGAGUGAGAAAAAUGUUCAGGUCCAGCAACAGGUUAUUGAGGUUAUUACUCACAUAGCUUCCACUGCGUCAAAGUUUCCAAAAAAAUGUGUUGUACUUUGCCUUCUAGGUAUUAGCGAAAGGGUUGCAGAUAUCAAGACCCGUGCUCAUGCCAUGAAGUGCCUUACUGCUUUUUCUGAAGCAGUGGGCCCCGGGUUUAUUUUUGAAAGGCUCUACAAAAUUAUGAAGGAUCACAAGAAUCCUAAGGUUCUUAGUGAGGGUAUCUUAUGGAUGGUUUCAGCAGUCGAAGAUUUUGGUGUCUCACAUCUGAAACUGAAGGAUUUAAUUGAUUUCUGCAAAGAUAUUGGUUUGCAAUCUAGUGCUGCUGCCACCAGAAAUGCCACCAUUAGACUUAUUGGCGCUUUACAUAAGUUUGUUGGUCCAGAUGUUAAAGGGUUCCUCUUGGAUGUCAAGCCUGCUCUUCUUAGUGCCCUCGAUGCAGAGUAUGAAAAAAAUCCGUUUGAGGGGGCAUCUGCUGUUCCAAAGAAAACUGUAAAGGCUCUUGACUCCACAUCUUCUUUAUCUGGUGGAGGCCUAGAUAGCCUGCCACGUGAGGAUAUUAGUGGAAAGAUCACACCUAUUCUGUUAAAGAGCUUUGAAAGUUCAGAUUGGAAGGUUCGUUUGGAAGCUAUUGAAUCUGUAAACAAAAUCCUGGACGAGGCCAAUAAACGCAUUCAACCUACAGGAACUGGGGAGUUAUUUGGUGCUCUUAGAGGCCGCCUCUUUGACAGCAACAAAAAUAUAGUCAUGGGGACUUUGUCAACUAUUGGUGGGGUUGCAUCUGCAAUGGGACCGGCAGUUGAGAAGUCAAGCAAGGGUAUCCUCUCAGAUGUUUUGAAAUGCCUUGGUGACAAUAAAAAGCAUAUGAGAGAGUGCACUUUGUCUAGUUUAGACUCUUGGCUUGCUACUGUUCAUCUUGAUAAAAUGGUACCUUACAUCACUGCUGCUUUAAUGGAUGCUAAACUUGGUGCUGAAGGGCGUAAGGAUCUUUUUGAUUGGCUAUCAAAGCAACUUUCUGUGUUAACUGACUUUUCUGAUGCCAUACAACUGCUUAAACCCACCGCCGCUGCUAUGACGGAUAAAUCAGUGGAUGUUCGUAAAGCAGCAGAAGUAUGCUUUGGUGAUGUUUUGAGGGUUUGUGGACAAGAAAUGGUGACCAAGAAUUUGAAGGAUAUACAUGGACCUGCUUUAGCUAUUGUUAGUGAACGGCUGAAGGCAUAUAGGGCAUUCCAAGAAACGUUUGAAUCGGGAAAGACAAUUUUGACCGGACCACCAUCCAAAAGCGGCUCAAAGAUUGGAAAACCUAAUGGUGUAUUAAAGAAUGGAAACAGACCUGUAUCUUCUAGAGGUAUAUCAACGAAGGGCUCGAGACCGGAGUCGAUGAUGUCUGUUCAAGAUAUCACCCUCCAGUCGCAGGCUUUGCUAAAUGUCAGGGAUUCAAACAAGGAAGAUAGAGAAAGGAUGGUUGUUCGUAGGUUUAAAUUUGAGGAGCUACGUAUAGAACAGAUUCAGGAUCUUGAGAAUGAUCUUGUAAAGUACUUCAGAGAGGAUUUGCAUAGGAGGCUUCUAAGCACAGAUUUCAAGAAGCAAGUUGAUGGGAUUGAGAUGCUGCAUAAGGCACUUCCAUCCAUUUCAAAAGAAAUAGUUGAAGUUUUAGAUAUACUUUUGAGGUGGUUUGUUUUGCGAUUUUCCGAAUCCAACACAUCAUGCAUAUUAAAGGUGCUGGAAUUUCUUCCUGAACUUUUCGACAUGUUGAGAAGUGAAAGCUACACCAUGACUGAAUCAGAAGCCGCCAUUUUUCUUCCGUGCUUGUUUGAGAAGUCUGGUCAUAACAUUGAAAAAGUUCGAGAAAAAAUGAGGGAACUUACAAAAAAAAUUAUUCAUGCAUAUUCUGCGGCAAAAACUUUUCCCUUUAUUUUGGAAGGUUUGCGAUCUAGAAACAACAGAACCCGCAUCGAGUGUGUUGAUCUCAUUGGAUCCUUACUUGAUAACCAUGCAGCUGAGCUAGGUGGGCAACUAAAAUCCUUGCAAGUCGUUGCAAGUUUAACCGCCGAACGAGAUGGUGAAAUUAGGAAGGCCGCUUUAAAUACUCUAGCUACUGGUUAUAAGAUUCUUGGUGAUGACAUAUGGAAAUAUGUUGGAAAGCUGACAGAAGCACAAAGAAGCAUGUUAGACGAUAGAUUUAAGUGGAAGGCCCGAGAGAUGGACAAGAGGAAGGAGGGGAAGCCUGGGGAAGCUAGGGAUGCUUUAAGGCGUUCUGUUAGGGAUAGUGGGUCUGAUGUGGCAGAGCAAAGUGGCGAAGUUUCACGGUCUAUGUCAGGCCCAAUCUUUAAUAGGGAGAAUUAUGAUCAUUCUGAGCUACAUAUGGAGAGACAUCCAAUCCCGCGGACACUUGCCGGUGCAAUAGGCCCCACAGACUGGAAUGAAGCUCUGGAUAUUAUUGCUUAUAGUUCUCCUGAGCAGUCUGUUGAAGGAAUGAAGGUCGUGUGCCAUGAGUUAGCACAGGCAACCAGCGAUCCUGAAGGCACUGCUAUGGAUAAUAUUGUUAAAGAUGCAGAUCGACUUGUUUCUUGCUUGGCAAACAAGGCCAGAACUGAUCCUGUAGCCAAGACUUUUGACUUCAGUCUCAUGGGAGCCUCUUCAAGGUCUUGUAAAUAUGUUCUGAACACGCUCAUGCAGACAUUUCAAAAUAGACAGCUUGCUCAUGCUGUCAAGCAGAGUACGCUCGACAGUCUUAUUACUGAGCUUCUGCUUUGGCUUUUAGAUGAAAGGGUUCCCCGGAUGGACGAUGGCAGUCAACUUUUGAAAGCUUUGAAUGUUUUGAUGCUCAAGAUCCUGGAUAAUGCGGAACGAACAUCAUCGUUUGUCGUAUUGAUCAAUCUCUUACGCCCACUAGACCCAUCAAGGUGGCCCUCUCCAGCCUCAAAUGAGUCUCUUGCCAUAAGAAAUCAGAAAUUCUCAGAUUUGGUCGUCAAAUGCCUGAUCAAACUUACCAAGGUUCUUCAAAGUACUAUAUACGAGGUUGACCUUGACCGCAUCCUUCAAAGCAUCCAUGUAUACCUGCAAGAACUAGGGAUGGAAGAAAUUAGGAGAAGAGCGGGAGCUGAUGACAAACCGUUGCGUAUGGUUAAAACCGUUCUGCAUGAGCUUGUUAAGCUUCGUGGGACCGCAAUAAAGGGGCAUCUUUCUAUGGUUCCAAUUGACAUGGAACCUCAACCAAUCAUUCUUGCCUACAUCGAUCUCAAUCUUCAGACUUUGGCUGCGGCAAGAAUGUUGACACCGUCUGGGCCUGUUGGGCAAACUCAUUGGGGUGAUUCAGUUGCCAACAAUUCCUCACCUGCCAAUCAUUCAGCAGAUGCCCAGUUGAAGCAAGAACUUGCAGCAAUAUUUAAGAAAAUUGGUGACAAGCAAACAUGCACCAUUGGUCUAUAUGAACUCUAUCGGAUCACCCAAUUAUAUCCAAAGGUUGAUAUAUUUGCUCAGCUCCAAAAUGCAAGUGAGGCAUUUCGAACAUACAUUAGGGAUGGUCUAGCCCAGAUGGAGAAGAAUGCAGCUGCUGGAAGGACGCCUUCAAGUUUACCUCUGGCAACCCCACCCCCAGCUGCCAUAAACUUUUCUUCCCCAAAAUUUGCGCCUCUGUCACCUGUAAAUACAAAUCCACUAAAUGAUGCAAAAUCCGUAAACUUUAAAGUUGAACCCACAAACUUCAGUUUACCCCCAUCUUAUGCUGAAGAUGAGAGGGUAUCUUCAAGGGGUCCAUUAUCUGAUCAGUCAGAGAUUCGGCACGAUAGAUUUCCAUCCGGAGGUUACUUACACUGCCACCAUUCAUCUUCAGUUUCACUUUUCGUUUAUGUUAUAAUGAAAGAUCCGACUCUGAAAGUUAAUUUCAUAGUUGCAGUUACCAGUGGAACGCUAGAUGCAAUACGUGAGAGGAUGAAGAGUAUCCAGUUAGCAGCGGCUGCUGGGAACCCAGAAUCUGGAAACAGGACAUUAAUACCCAUGAAUGGCAAUGUAGGCCAUGGACUGUCUAAUCAGCUUCCUCAUGGCACAGAACGGGCCAGUACCGAGAAUCCUAUGCAGAGCGGCGUUCUUCCCAUGGAUGAAAAGGCAUUAUCGGGGUUGCAAGCACGGAUGGAAAGGCUCAAAAGUGGGUCAAUUGAACCUUUUUAG